GAGACUCGUAUGGUCAGAAGUGAAGCAAAAUCUGUUUGAUCCGAAUUCCCAGAUCGCCGUCAUCGCUUGCAUGGUUGCUGUGGCCUUGGCUGAUCAGGCCCCCUACCCCCCUCCUCCUGGCCCCUACCACCCCCAGCAACGGCCCUAUCAUGGCGAACCAGACUACCCUGAUGUCCCACCCAAGUACACCUACAACUACGGCGUCGCCGACGGCUACUCCGGCGUCAACCUCGGUCACUCGGAGUCCCGUGACGGCUACAAGACCGAGGGCAGCUAUGCCGUCGACCUCCCCGACGGCCGCAAGCAGAUCGUCAACUACGUGGACAACGGCGACGGUCUUGAAGCUCAGGUCACCUACGAGGGCGAGGCUCAGUACCCCGAGCACACGCCCGCCUACAGGCCCGCUCCACCCGCCUACCCUGCUCCCCAUGCGUAGAGACGUUAACAAUAUUGGACAAUAAAUCCAAUCAUUUUCAAAUUUACUUACUCAUCUUCAUUGUUCACAAACAUAUUUGUUACUACGUUUUUUAUUUGCAUCAAUAAACUUUCGCUUGUGUGAA